AUGAGGAUGUUAUCAUACUGGAUCUUCCCCAUUAUAUCAGGCCUCGUCUGGCUUGGCAUGCUCCUCGGCAUGCUCCUCUACUGGAUCAUCAACACGAACCGCGUCGUCUACCCGUCCAUGACCCCUCCGCAAACCAUCGCCUACAUCAGCGACGUCGGCGCCUACUACCUCAAGCCCCUUUUCAUUACGGGCUGCGUCAUCACUGCCAUUCUUCUCGACCUCUCCUUCUUCUCCGACCGCUGGCUCCGCCACCGCGGCCGCCUCGUGCCCAACACAUCGACUGGCGAGAAGGUCUUGUACGGCUUCACCAUCUUCUUUGCACUCGUCGGAACCGUCGGCCUCGUUUGCCUCAGCAUCUUCGACACAUACCGCCACAAGAACCUACACCUCCUGUUCCUGCUGUUGUUCAUGGCCGGCUAUCUGCUGUCCGCCAUCUUCAUUUGCUGGGAGUACCAGCGCCUCGGCAUUAAGUACCCCGAGCACCGCAGCCUCGCCAUCUCAUUUUGGAUUAAGCUCGUCUUCAUCAUCGUCGAGGUCGCGCUAGCCGUCGCCUUCAUCGUCAGCAAUUUCAGGAAGGCUUACAACACCGCCGCCGUCCUCGAGUGGGUCGUCGCCUUCAUCUUCUCGUUUUACAUCUUCUCCUUCACCGUCGACCUAUUGCCCGCGGUCAGGACGAGGAACAAGGCGAACCGGUUCCAGAAGCCGGGGAGCAUGCGCGAGUGGAACGCUGGCCAGCCUGGCCAGCCGCGAUUUUAG